GACGUGCGGCGGCGCGGCGGCGCCGCCUGCACGCUUCCCGCCCACCGCGGCGAGGUGUGUGGCCUCCGCUUUGCUCCGGACGGCGUCGCGCAGCUCGCCUCGGGCAGCAACGACCACACCGUCCGGGUCUGCGACGUGCGCUCGCCCCGCGCGGCCAGGCUGGAGCUGACGGCGCACUCGGCGGCCGUCAAGGCGCUGGACUUUUGCCCGUGGCGGAGGCACUGCCUCGCGACGGGCGGCGGCACCACCGACGGCUCUAUCCGCAUCUGGGACACGGGCGCCGCCGCGGAGCGAGAGCUGCAAAGCGUGGCGACCGGCUCGCAGGUGUCGGGCGUGCGCUGGUCGGUGGCGCGGCGCGAGCUGGUGACGAGCCACGGCUUCUCGUCCAUGAACUCGACCUCCAACUCGGUCCGGCUGUGGCGCCCCAACCUGCUCCCCGUCGCCCAGCUGACCGGCCACCGCGGCCGCGUGCUACACCUCGCUGUGAGCCCAGACGGAGGGACCGCCCUCUCCGCCGGCUCGGACGAGACGCUGCGCUUCUGGAAGAUCUCGAGCAUCGGAGGGGCGGGCGGGCAAGCGAGCCCGCCGCUGCCCGAGGCCCUCUCGGCGCGCUGCCCCGGCCUUGAGCUCAGCCGGAUCCGCUGA